UAGAGAGGGGGACUCUUGGGUUUAGGGGAAGCAGGCAUGUGGACGAGUGGGGGACACACCAAAACUCAACCCUCUUGAAAUAAUUGAGUUUGUGACAGAAAAGAGAGAAAAAGUAAGGCAAAGUCCUUAUAAAAAAAUAUACUAAAAUCUCAAAAGCCUUUGCUUCUCUCACCACUUCUUGCAUUUUGGGACUCCUCUACUGUGUUGUUGUUGUUGUUCUGUUCAGUGUUUGUGUGUGAUUUUAAAGACUAGAUAAAGUCACUAGCAAGAGUAAAAGGACAGGAAACCAAAAACUGAUGCUACCCUUUACUUCUUAGUCACAGCUUAAUUUGUCAUCAUCUUGGUCCUUCUUUCUUUCUCUCUUUCUUCCUCUCAAGGGAUUAGUGCUAGUGAAGGUGAAGAAGAAGAUGCCUAGACCAGGACCAAGACCUUAUGAAUGUGUUAGGAGAGCUUGGCACAGUGAUAGACACCAACCCAUCAGAGGUUCUCUGAUUCAAGAAAUUUUCCGACUUGUUAAUGAGGCUCAUAGCUCAACAACUAAGAAGAACAAGGAAUGGCAAGAGAAGCUCCCAGUUGUUGUCCUGAAAGCAGAAGAAAUUAUGUACUCGAAAGCCAAUUCUGAGGCUGAAUACAUGGAGCUUAAGACACUUUGGGACAGAACAAAUGAUGCCAUUAAUACCAUAAUUCGGCGUGAUGAGAGUACGGAAAUUGGAGAGCUUCUUCAACCUUGCAUUGAAGCUGCCCUUAAUUUGGGCUGCACACCGAGAAGAGCCUCAAGGAGCCAACGGAAUUGCAAUCCGAGCUUUUACCUUAGUCCUAGCACUCAGGAACCAAACACUUUGUCCUCUGGUUCUGUGCACAGUGCCAUUCAGGCUAAUCGUACAUCCAACUCGCAUGUCCUACCUAAUUAUUCAAGCAUGGUAAAACCCAUAAUCAUGAAUUCCACCCCUCCAGGCUCAGAAUCACAAGACUUUGUUGGCCAAAGCAAUGGCACUUCUAACAGAUUUCUUUUUAUAGAUGAUAGCAUUCCUCUAUCUAACGCUAACCAAUGUUUACCCUUGGGAAAUUACCGUAUACCAAGCUUGUGCUCGGUUUACCCUUUAUACUAUGGUUGUUGCCUAGAACCACAGCGAGGUUGUGGAGCUCUUCCUAAGACUUUUCCUGGCACCAUGGAGCCUGUCAAGGUGGCUGUUAUGCAAAACUUCUUCCCUUGUAACGAGGACACUCCUGUUAAAACCUGCCAUGCUGAUCACAAGGACAGUCCUUUGCAACCACAAGAAAUUGGGUGCGAUCUAUCAUUGAGGUUGGGUUCUCUCCCGGCUCCAAUGCUGAGUGUGAAGACCAAGCAACUCAAAGAUGCCAAAGACGGUGGUCAUGAUUGUUCUCAAGAGGGGGGUAAGGUUGAUGAUUGGAUGCCCCAAGUGGACAAGGAGUUACCUUUCUUCACUAGGGUCAAUGUGGCUGACCCGUUAGUUUCACAUUCAAGCAAAUCGAGGGAACAUGUAAAUAUAGAUGAGACAAAGAAAAAACGCAAGGCGGUAUUGGAUCACCAUGUUGAGGAUCAAUUUUGCUGGCAGCCAAAGCUUCAUUGUAAUCAGUUAACUUGCAGAAUGAAAAGUGCCGGUUCGUAGGUUGACUGUCACCUGGUACGUUGCUUGAAACUCAUGAUAUGCCUUUGUAAGAAAAUCUUGCUGGGGCUCUUUUUGGCAAUGUAGUGUUUGUUAUUUUUGUUUGACAAUGAUGAGUUGCUAGCUGCGGUGAUGUAAGAAUGUUAGAUGUAAAUAUUGAUCCAGUUUACAUUAGAACUAACAGCA